AUGUCCCUAAUCGAUGAGGGCAACAACCUCAACUCGCAAAUCCCAACCUCAGUCACCUACGUCGUCACCUCCGUCCUCUCCAUCGCCCUCUACAAUGUCAUCGAGCUCACCUUCCUUCUCUUCUUCACCUUCAAGCGCCGCGCGGGCCUCUACUUCUGGAGCUUCCUCUUCUCCUCCUGGGGCAUCGCCGUCUACGCCGUCGGCCUCAUCCUGAAAGACUUCCACAUCGCAGACAACAUCCCCGCCUUCUACGCAACCCUGAUCGUCUUCGGCUGGUGCGCCAUGGUCACCGGGCAGUCGCUGGUUCUGUACUCGCGCCUGCACCUCAUCGUGCGCCGGCGUAUAAUCCUUCGCUCCGUCCUAGCCAUGAUCAUCGUCAAUGCAAUCGUCCUGCACAUCCCCACCAUCGUGCUCUGCUACGGCGCAAACUCGGCGGAUUUCCAGCGCUUCAUUUUCCCGUACGCCGUCCUCGAGCGCAUCCAGGUGGCGCUCUUCUUCGUCCAGGAAUCUAUCAUCUCAACCCUCUACCUCUACUACAUGUCCAAGCUCUUCUACAUGGGGGGGACGCUAAGCGAGGCGCACGGGCAGGCUGGGCGCCGGCUCAUGCUGCAUCUGAUAUACAUGAACCUGGGUGUCUUGGGGCUGGAUGUGUGUAUUCUGGUCCUGGAAUUCACGGGUCGGUAUGCGUCGCAGACGGCGGCGAAGGGGCUGAUCUAUAGUGUGAAGCUGAAGCUGGAGUUUAAUAUUCUGAAUCGGCUGGUGGAUGUUGCGAGGCGGGCGAGUGACUCGUCGGGUCCGGAAUAUGGGGAUGGGCCAGGCCAGCAUCAGCAUGAGGCGCAUGGCGGGGUGAGUCUUUGUGGGCUUUGGAAGUGUUCUUGUCCGUGGGAUGUGUUUGCGAGUAGGGUGAAGAAGGCGAUUGGGGAGAGGGGGCAUGCCAGUGGGUAA